AUGCGACGAUCGUCGCAUAGGGUGCUGGAGUCAGUCCACGUUUUGGAAGUGUUUGAGUUGUGUUUGGUGCGGGGUGUCAAAACAUCACCUGAGUUUCAACGACGGAUGGAGACACCCUCUUCUCCAGCGCAGCGGCAGUCAAGUUGUGGAGGGAAAGAAAAAAGCAGAAGCCGGCAGCUUUGCAUUUUCGUGACGCCCGCCAAAUUAAGCGAGCUGUUGCUCGCCUGCACCCUUUUCCUCGACCUUUGCCCCCCGUCAUCUGACUUCGAAGAUGGUUAA